AUGGAUGCUGGAAAAAAAUUCCGUUCUUCUCUAUUAGCUGUUAAAAUUGCAGUUAAAAUUUUAGUAGAAUCUAAACGAAAACAUUCAGAAUUUUAUUAUCAAAGAUAUGUUCCUGAUGCACCAACAAAUGUUCGUUUAAUGGUUUCUGGUUCAGAUAAUAUAACUGUAACAUUUGAUGAACCACUACGAUCUAAUGGAGCUAUGAUUAUUAAAUAUAAAAUUGAAUGGAGUACAGAUGAAUAUUUUAAUCAGAUAUCAUUUGAUAUAAUUAAAAAUUGUUUUCUAAGAGAAUAUAUUAUUCGAAAUUUAUCUGUCGGACAAAAAUGUUAUGUACGAGUAUCAGCUGGAAAUAUGAAAGGUUUCGGUGAAGCAAGUAUUGCUAAUCCACCUUAUUGUGUCCCAUCAAAUUGGCGAGAAUUUUCUAAAACAUCACGUACAAAUAUAUACGAAUUACGUUUUGAAGAAAUUUUAAAUAAAAUUUUCAAUGAACGAGAAGGAAAUGGAAUAAGUAGGUCAUUAGAAGGAAAUGAUUCAUCUGAUAUGUCAAAUAGAAGAAAUCCUCGUCGAAGUUAUGGAAAUCUUCGAAAAAAUCUUCGACAAUUAUUUCAAUUUUAUCCUAGAUUAGCAAAAACAAUAAAACGAGGCCUUUAUUUAGUAUCAGUUAUGUUAAAUAGUGACCGAAUAUUAGUAACUAAUGAAGAUGUUUUACCAAUGGUUGAAGUUGAUGAACAUUAUAGUCAUAAUCUAUUAACAGAUUUUCAAUGGUUUAUGAAAUUAACAUUUGUUUGGGAUGAUUUAAAAAAUUUAAGACCUAAAUUAGAACGAUGUUCAAGUGCAACUUCAUUUUAUUUAAGAAUGAAACUUGUUCAAGCAGCAAUUGAACUUCAAACAUUAGAAGAAAUAAAUAAUCUUGGUCGUCUUCAUCAUACAUAUAUUCGUGAUAAUGAUGGUAAUGUAGUAUUUGUAUUAAUAAAUGAUUUAUCUUCUGAUACACGAACAAAUAUUUAUCCAUCAAAUUUAAAAUGGAUGGCAAUGACAAAAUUUUUUGAAAUAAUGAAAGAAUCUCCAUCAUUAACAAAUAAUUCUUGUCUUCAACAAAUAAUUGGAAAACUUCCAGAUAUGGUUGAAUUUUAUCAUGCAUCAAUGCGUUGCCUUGACUCUGGUUUAUAUGUUGCCUAUUUAAAAAUGCAAAACAGUGUUGAUUCAAUACGUGUUAUGGUUAAUAAAUAUAUGCCCGGUUCAUUACCAUGUACAAAAAUUCGUUCUGUAGCUAAUGUAUCUAGAGAAGAAUGGGAAUGGUUACAUACAAGUAAUAAGGAAAAUUCAAUAGAAGAUGAAUCUUCAGAUAAUAGUCUUGAUCUAUUUAAAAUUCAAUUUUGUAAUGCAGCUAGAGAAUUAUUUAUUAAGCUUAAUCUUCCUGAAACACAUUUUUCGAAUAGUCGAAUAUAUGGUUCACAAGUUGUUGAAAUUCGUGAUGAUUUAUCAUUAAUUAUUUUAAUGUCAACUGCUGAUGAAGUUAAUUUUCUUUCUACACCAUCAAAUCAUUCUCUUACAUCCUUUAUUUAUUUACCUAUAUAUAUUUUUGAAGUUUUUCAACAUUUAAGUAAUAAUUAUCGCUUUAUAUGUCAAUAUAGUCGUGUAUCUAUUUGUCUUGAUUUUGAAUUAAUAUAUGCUCAACAAAAUCAACGUGAAGCAUUUUCAAUAAAUGAAUUAGAUGAAACACGUCAUCAUCUUAAUCGUUUAUUAUCAUGUCAACAAGAUCUUGAUGAUAUAUGGCGUUCAUCACGUUGGCUUGUUCAUGUUAUAAAUUGUGCUAAAGAUAAAACAUAUUCUGGUAUAUCACUUAAACCAUUUCAAUCAUCAACAAAUUUAAAUGAAAUAAAAAUUGAUCAAUCACCAUCUUUAACACGUUCAUCAAAUUCAGAUAAUUAUUUAAUAACGAAAAAUAUUAAUAGUUUUAUUGAUAUUGAAGAUAAUACAAUUGAAUUAACAUUUUAUAGAUCAUUAUUAACAUCAAAUACAUAUAUUCCAUUUAAAUUACGAAUAAAUAAAAUGACACGAUUAAAUGAAAUUUUAAAAAUCAUUUUAAAACAACAACAACAACAAGAUAUUUUUUUAAAAUCAAAUUCAUUUUUAGAGUUUGUUUGGAUACGAUCAAAUGAAUGUGAAUAUAUUAUUGAAGAAAAUUUAACAGCCUAUGAAAUUCAAACACGUCUUUUACGUUUUGGUGGACAAAUUCAUUUACGUUCAAAUAGUUCAUCAUCAUCAAAUUCAUCAUUAAUAAUUAAUAAAACAUCAAAUUUAUUUCCGCCUACAUCAGAAAUCAUUUCAAAAGGGCCUGGAUCAAGUUUAAGUUUGAACAUUUAA